GUCGGGCUGGCCUUGGUUAGUGGCUCAACUGUUAAAACCCGCGCCGGUGAUUCUGCGAGGAAGGGGAGGGGUAGUGGUUUCGCUUAAUUGAUUGCCCUUGGAGGCACAUAGAAGGCCGGUACGAAUCUGCAUCUCUCUCUCCGUCCCGGGCACCAUAUUGAGAUGAAGCAACUGUGGGGACUUGGCAUUUUAUCCUCUUCUGCUGCUGCCUCUGCCCUGGCUGAUGAUCCUGAUGUGGAUGGCACUGUUGAAGAUGACUUGGGUAAAAGCAGAGAUGGAUCUCGGACAGAUGAUGAAGUUGUUCAGAGGGAAGAGGAAUCUAUUCAAUUGGAUGGUUUAAAUGCAUCACAAAUAAAACAACUUAGGGAAAAAUCAGAAAAGUUUGCCUUCCAGGCUGAAGUAAACAGGAUGAUGAAACUUAUUAUCAAUUCACUGUAUAAAAAUAAAGAGAUUUUCCUGAGGGAAUUGAUUUCAAAUGCAUCUGAUGCUCUAGACAAAAUACGGUUGAUGUCAUUGACUGAUGAAAAUGCUCUUUCUGGUAAUGAGGAACUCACAGUAAAAAUUAAGUGUGAUAAAGAGAAGAAUAUGCUCCAUGUUACAGACACUGGAAUUGGCAUGACCAAAGAUGAGCUAAUCAAAAAUCUGGGUACCAUUGCUAAGUCUGGUACAAGUGAAUUUCUAAAUAAAAUAUCUGAAAUGCAGGAAGAAAACCAGUCAACCUCUGAAUUGAUUGGUCAGUUUGGUGUUGGCUUCUAUUCUGCCUUCCUUGUGGCAGAUAAGGUUAUUGUUACCUCAAAGCAUAAUAAUGACAGUCAACACAUCUGGGAAUCUGAUUCAAAUGAGUUCUCUGUAAUUGAAGAUCCUCGGGGUGAUACCUUGGGACGAGGCACUACUAUAACCCUUGUUUUAAAAGAAGAAGCUUCAGAUUAUCUUGAACUAGAUACAGUUAAAAACCUGGUCACGAAGUAUUCCCAGUUCAUAAACUUCCCUAUUUAUGUAUGGAGUAGCAAGACUGAGACUGUAGAAGAGCCUAUUGAAGAUGAAGAAGUAAAAGACAAAGAUGAGACAGAUGAUGAAGCUGCUGUGGAAGAGGAAGAAGAGAAAAAACCCAAAACUAAACCGGUUUCGAAAACAGUCUGGGAUUGGGAGCUUAUGAAUGACAUAAAACCAAUUUGGCAGAGGCCAUCUAAAGAAGUGGAAGAAGAUGAAUACAAAGCUUUCUACAAAACAUUUUCUAAGGAAACUGAUGAUCCAAUGACUUUCAUUCACUUCACUGCUGAAGGAGAAGUGACAUUCAAGUCCAUCUUAUUUGUUCCCAGCACUGCUCCACGUGGAUUAUUUGAUGAAUAUGGAUCCAAAAAAAGUGACUUUAUAAAGCUGUAUGUCCGUAGAGUAUUCAUCACAGAUGACUUCCAUGAUAUGAUGCCCAAAUAUCUUAACUUUGUCAAGGGUGUUGUAGAUUCAGAUGAUCUUCCUUUAAAUGUGUCUCGUGAGACCCUCCAGCAGCACAAACUACUAAAGGUAAUCAGAAAGAAACUUGUUCGGAAGACACUUGAUAUGAUCAAAAAGAUUGCUGAAGAAAAAUACAAUGACACUUUCUGGAAAGAAUUUGGCACAAAUAUCAAACUUGGAGUGAUUGAAGAUCAUUCAAAUCGGACUCGUCUAGCUAAACUUCUUCGUUUCCAGACUUCUCACCAUGAAAGCAACGUUACUAGUCUAGAUGAGUAUGUAGAAAGAAUGAAAGAGAAGCAAGAUAAAAUCUAUUUCAUGGCUGGUUCAAGUAGAAAAAGGUAAAAAGCUGAAUCUUCACCUUUUGUGGAACGGCUUCUAAAGAAAGGUUAUGAAGUUAUAUAUUUGACAGAACCAGUGGAUGAAUAUUGCAUUCAGGCUCUCCCAGAGUUUGACAACAAAAGGUUUCAGAAUGUUGCUAAAGAAGGAGUGAAGUUUGAUGAAAGUGAAAAGUCAAAGGAAACUCGUGAGGCUUUAGAAAAAGAGUAUGAACCCCUAUUAACUUGGAUGAAAGACAAAGCUUUAAAGGACAAAAUUGAAAAAGCAGUAUUAUCUCAGCGAUUAACCCAAUCACCAUGUGCUCUUGUAGCUAGUCAAUAUGGAUGGUCUGGCAACAUGGAAAGAAUCAUGAAGGCUCAGGCUUACCAAACUGGGAAAGAUAUCGCUACCAAUUACUAUGCUAGCCAAAAGAAGAUAUUUGAAAUUAAUCCUAAACAUCCACUCAUAAAAGACAUGCUCAGGCGUGUUCAGGAAAAUGAAGAAGAUCAAGUAGUUGCAGAUCUUGCUGUGGUUCUGCUUGAAACUGCUACCCUAAGAUCAGGUUAUCUGCUGCCUGAUACAAAGGAAUAUGGAGAAAGGAUAGAACGAAUGCUUCGCCUAAGUUUGAACAUUGACCCAGAGGAAAAGGUGGAAGAGGAGCCUGAAGAACUAGAGGAAGCUGCUGAAGAAGUAGAACCAGAAGAGGAAAUUGAAGCUGAGGAAGAUACUGAAGACAGUGAAACAGAGAAACCGGCGUCCACAGAUGAAAAAGAUGAAUUGUAAAAUGCACUCUCAAAUACUAUCCUGUGUUUUGGAUAAAGCAGGAAUGUGAACUGAAUUUGUUUUUUCACUGUAAAAUGUUGGGGGGGAGGCGUAGGGUUUUGGGCAGAAGAAUUUUUUUAAGUUGCAUUUUUUAAACAUUCCUCACAAUGUAAAUUUGUACUAUUUAACUGACUGCUUGGUGUAAAAUCUUGUCAUGUGUACAAAAUUAAAAUGUUCACACCAGUUCUAUGGGGCAUUGAAGUUCUUAUUUACUAAUUUUGGAUGUAAAGAAAACUUGUAUAGACUCAAUUUGGCAGUGACAUUCUUCUGUAACAGAAGAAACAUUGGAAAACACUUCGACUGGAAUUAUUUUCUGAAGGUCACAUUAAUUAGAACUGAUAUCUUUCAAUUAUUUCCUAUUCUACUAAAAUUUGUACCAGAAUCUUAGCCUGUUAAGGCAAGCUUCUGCUUAAUGGAAUCUAUUUUUAGCUGGUUGGCAAAACUUAGGAAGUCUUUUGCAGUAAUUCCUCCUAAUUUUUCUCUGAACAAGUCUUAAAUACAUUGGAUUUAGUAAAAUACCAUUUAAGCUUUGUUGUGUGAACCAUUGUAAUAUAUUCCCUUCAUGAUGGAAGAGCACAAUUUGGGUUACAUUUUGCUGGAGGGAAAGUGUGUUAUUACCCUACAGAGAUGCUUUAUGAUAAAGUAAGCCAUUAGAUACUCAAAAAUGAAUGACUCCUAUCAAGCUAAUUGGCAUCUAUUUUUAAACAAGGAGCAAAUAAUGGUUUUAUACACAGUGGGAGACUUUUGCUCGUCCUGCUGAUUGCAUCUAUCAUAUCCUGAGAGCUAAAUGGACUUGAAUUCUGACAGAUCUUUACCAUGCAGAUUGGAUAAUUUUAAGCCAAUUACACCCUCAGCCAAAUUUCACAUAUGUAAUAUUUAAAG